AGCUGUGGUGGAGCAGGUGAGCUCUGCGACAUGGCCAGUGGCAAGACCCCCCGGCCCAUGAGGUCCUCCAGAAGGGCGGAUGGAUUCCAGAGCAGAGUGGUAGCAUCUCGUAAUCCCAAGCUGGUCAGAGAGGCAGAAGAGUCUCUCAGCAGCAAGCAAAGGCUGGCGAGGCCUCGGGAGAUGAGGCAGCCCCGGACUGCCCAGCUUCGGGACAUGGGUGAAGUCUCCCAUCAAAAGUUCUCAGCCGUUGAGCGGGACCAGAGGUCGUUCCAGCCUUUCCCAUCCGAGGUGGUGUUUGAGAACUACAUUCCCCACCAGUUCUACAUAGCGUCGCUAGCUCUGAGGAACAAAGACAGGGUUCCUCGUCUGCUGAACGUCAUCCUGGGGAACUCUCCUUACUUUGAGUUGAUCAGCCCGAGUGAUGAGGACUAUAAGGUAGCCCCGGGCACGUCUUCAACCUACCGCAUCCUUUUCCGACCUGAUGAGAACAAGGAUUAUUUUGAGGAGCUUAUCAUCAUCACAGAGAGGGAGAAGUUCUUUGUGCCUAUCCGAGCCAUAGGUGCCCGAGCCAGCCUGGACUUCCCUGAGCAGCUGAACUUCUCUGAGUGUCCAGUCAGGUUCAGCACCCAGAAGACUCUGCUGGUGCGCAACGUGGGGAAGCGGGAGGCUUGCUACAGCAUCACCACUCUGAGCCCUUUCUCUGUGGAUCCCUCCAUUGGGACUCUUGGUGUUGGAGAAGCAAUGCAAGUCACGGUGGAAUUUCACCCACCAAAGACGGGUGUUUAUACAAGUCCCAUGAUUGUUCACUAUGACACAGGUGAAGAUGUUCACAAAAGCCUCUGUGGAACAGCCGUAAAUGCUGACAUCAGGCUUGACAAGAGCUCCUUGACAGUUGAGAAGACUUCCCUCACGCUGUCAAAGCAAAGUUCCCUGGUCAUCCACAAUCAGAGUGGCAUCACGGCCCACUUCCAGUGGAAGCGUUUUGUUGAUGAGGAAGAGGAGGAGCGGCAGAAGCUGAGGCUGCAGAGGCAGGAAGAGGACAAGCUGGUUGAUGUUCCUAAGGAGCACGGGGUGGUCCCCCCUCUCAGAGAACACCCUUCCCUUCCCGUCUGCACCUCCCAGAGCCAGGGGACAGAGGUGCAGGGAGACUCCACGCCUUUCUGCAGUGAUAUUUUCACCAUUGUGCCCAUGGAGGGAGAUAUCUUGCCAAAUUCUUCACUUGAAAUCAAUGUGAUCUUUAAGCCCAAAGAAGCCAGAGUCUACCAAGAGGCAGCCUACUGUGACAUCUCAGGCUGUGAGACCAGGCUGCCCCUGUGCAUCAGCGGGGAAGGCGUCGGGCCCCAGGUGGAACUCAGCUGCGACCAGGUGCUCCUGCUCAACAGAGGAGUUCCUGAGGCUCCCUUCAGCGUGGUGUAUCCGGAGAGAGCUCUGGACUCCUGCUACGAGGUGGCUCUGCGUGGGGAGGCCUCAGGCAUCAGCUACCUCCUGGACACCACCGAGAUCGACUGCGGGCUGCAGGUGUUUAACAAAGUCUCGGAAGCAGCAGUGACCCUGCAGAACAGUGGGAAGCUGGGAUUUGCCUUUGUGGUGCUGAGCCCCGGCACAGGCACUGCAGCCAGCCCUCUGCCUGGCGUGCCCCUGGUCGUGCCCAGCAUGGGUUACAUUGAACCUGGCAAGCAGCAAGUGCUGAAAGUCUAUUACCUGCCAGGAGUGCCUGGAGUCUUCUGCAGGGCUUUCCAGAUCCAAGUGGGUCACCUGGAGCCAGCAAAAAUCUGCCUGAAAGGAGAAGGGACCUUUCCCAGGAUCCACUUGGACCUGCCCAGGAACAUCAAAGGCAACGCCAAAUAUGAGAAGAUCCUCCAAAAGGCCCAAGAAAAGCUGGACAAAGGCAGCCAGAGAGACGAGGCCAUUGCUCUGGGGGAGGCUGUGGCAGCCGAGCCCCGCAUGGACGACUCGGGCACCAUGUGGGAUGCUCAGCUGCAGAUGCAGAUGGAGGAGAUGCUGAUGGAGGAACAUGCCGUGGAGCAGCAGAAAGCUCUCAGCUCCCGUCCCCCGGAGGACACUGCCUUUCACCAGCGUGUACAUCGGAGGCUUCUCAAAGCUGAGCUGCCCGAAUACAUCCUGGACCUUGGCUAUGUCGUUCCCGGUGACAUCCACACACACAUGGUGAAGAUCACCAACACCAGGCACUUCCCCGCAUCUUUCCGUGUCGAUGGAUAUGUCCUGUAUAACACAGGCUUCAGCGUGUGCCUGGAGCGUGUGAAGCGCCUGCCCUCCUGUGAGAGCAAGACAUUUGAAGUGUGCUUCGACCCACAAAGUGCCAACGUGCCCCUGGGAAAAGUGGAUGUGCUCCUGCCCAUCAAGAAGUGCUACCGGGGCGAGCUGCAGAUCCAGAUUUGCCAGAGCAGCCAACGCCUGCAGCCCCUACAGACACCGAAAGAUGACAACAGCCCCAACAGCUUGUUGCUGCCUCCGUGUGCCCCGGGAGAGAAGCUGACUGGUGAGGUCCAAGGUGGUCUCAAGCAGGCUGGUGGUCUCCUGCCCUGGGGGCUCCUGGAUCUUCCACCUCCGGGGCCUGCCCUCCCCCCGCAAACCCUUUUCAACGUCUUUGUCAGUGACACAGACAAUGGGAUCGAGCACCCUCAGCAGGUUUGCUGA